AUAUAAAAUAUUGUUUUUCUCCUCUUAAAAAUAUACAUGACUGUUUAAAGUGAAAAUUAUAACUUGGUUAGAGUAUUUUAUAUAGAGUAAUAGAUACAACUACUACAUGAUGUGGGAGAGAGUUAAGGGAACUAUUUGAUGGUAAGGCUUCUGCAUUUUAGUGGAAAUGGUAAAACAAUAACACUAAGUACACUGUGAAAGACUAGGUGUAUAUAUUGGAACCCUAGAGGAAAAAAUCCCAAGAGCUAUAGCCAUAGGUUAACAGAUAAAUUAAAAUGAAUGGAAUCCUAAAUUUUUUUUUCAAAUAACCCCAAAAAAGGCAGGAAAUGGGUAAUUGAGGAAGAAAAUCAUGGAGGAAAUGUUUAUAGCAGCAGUGUCCACAAUAGCCAAACUAUUGAAAGAACCAUGAUGUCCAUAGACAGAUGAAUGGAUAAAGAAUAUGAAGAAACAGAAACAUCAAGAGGUUAAUUAUUUUGCAGUUUACUCUGCUAUUAAGUGGCAGAAUCUUGAUUGAAGCUUGGCAACCUGAUUCUAUAGCCUAGGCUCUUGGCCAAAACACUCUGCUUUUAUCAGACUGGCAAGUAUCAGAGUGAGUCCAUAGGAGCAGAGAGGUCUGUGAGGAGCGCUGAGUAUCACUGUGCAGACUGUCCUGUGCAUGAGGGCAUCCUGCCAGGAUAACCUCAUGGUAGCUGGAAUCCAGCCCACACCUGGCCUGCCAAGGUGUGUGUGGCAGCAUCUUCUGGGAGCAAGUCUCUGCCUUUCCCUAGGAAAAGGAGGAAAAAAUGAUCAAGUUCCAGAGACCAAGGCCUGAGGAGGCGGUGACGUUCAAGGACGUGGCGGUGGUCUUCAGUGAGGAGGAGCUGGGGUUGCUGGACCCCGCCCAGAGGAAGCUGUACCGCGAUGUGAUGCUGGAGAACUUCAGGAACCUGGUCUCUGUGGGGAACCAGCCCUUCAAGCCAGACCUUAUAUUCCAGCUGGAGAGAGAAGAAAAUCUCUUGAUGAUAGAGACAGAAACCCAAAGAGAUGGAUAUUUAGGAGCCAAGAGUCAACACAAUAUGGAGAGUAAUCAAGAAGUGGGAUUACACUACAUUUCUCCCAAAGAGGUUUCUUCCCGGCAGACCUGGCAACAGGGUGCAGACGGGUUAACCAGGUGUCAAGAUUCCAUGAAAAAGUUUCAAGGGAAUAUUUCUCAGUUGCAAAAACAAGGCAAUGUCCCCUGCAAGCUUUGGGAAGGAGUGCCAGUUCAUAUUUCUGAAGACGAGAACUGUAUAUUGACUCACAUAGAGGAUGUUUCCAAUUGCCUAGAAAGUCAAGAAUUUCCAUCUUGGAGAUCCCAGCAUUCCUGGAGGAAAAUGUAUCUGACAGAGUCACAUAAUUAUCAGUGUAGAUGUCAGCAAAUUUUGAUGAAAAAUAAUUUCUGUAAGUGUGACAGCACCAGUUGGGUAUCACAUCACAAUGACAAUGUGGGAGUGCACCGAACAGAAAAAAACUACAGCUGCCAUAAUUGUGGAGGGAACAUCAUGAAGGUUUCAUUGCUUAAUCAAGACUUAAUUCAAACAGGGCAAAAGCCCUAUUCCUGUAAUGAGUACAGAAAAGCCUUCAGUGAUGAUUCCAGCUCGGAAGUUUAUCAGCAGUUACACUUAGAAGGGAAGACACAUUCUUACCGUCCGUGUAGAAAGGGUUGCAGUUACAGUUCAGCUCUUUGUAUUAAUCAAAGUGUUCAUAGAGGAGAUGGUUGUAUUUUUGAGAGUUCACACCUGCAGUCCCAUCAGAGAGAACAUAGAGAACCUACAGAGGAGAAGCCAUGUAAAUGUGGAUAUGGUGAGAACUUCAGUCAGUGCCCCUCUCUCAACACUUGUGAACUUCUUCACACGGGGGAGACUUCCUGUAGAUGCAAUAUUUAUGAAAAAGACUUCAGUCAUAGCUUAGACCUUAACAGUAUUUUUAGGGUCUGUACUGUGGAGAAACCCCAUGAAUAUGAAGAGAAUGGGGAUGUCUUUCAUCAGAGUUCUUGUCUUCAAGUCCACCAGAAAACCCACACCGAAGAGAAACUAUACACAGAUGUGGAAUAUGAGAAGGGUUUUAUUUGUAGCUCAAAUCUUAACAUUCAGCGUCCUUAUAAUUCCGAGGACUGUGGUAAUGGCUUCAGUCUGGCCUCCCAUUUUCAGGACCUUCAGAUAGUCCACACAAGGGAAAAGCCAUAUAAACAUUAUGCAUGUGGUAACAGCUUCAACCAAAAUUCAUAUCUUCAAGGUCAUCAGAAAAUUCACACUGGAGAGAAAGCUUAUAAGGAUUGUGGGAAUGGCUUCAGUUGGAAUUCAAAACUUAAAGAUCGUCAGAGAGCCCACGCUGGAGAGAAGCCAUACAAAUGCAAUGCCUGUGGUAAAGGCUUCAGUCAUAGGUCAGUUCUUAAUGUUCAUCAGAGAGUCCACACAGGAGAGAAACCUUAUAAAUGUGAGGAGUGUGACAAGGGAUUCAGUCGGAGUUCAUACCUUCAAGCCCAUCAGAGAGUCCACACUGGAGAAAAACCAUACAAAUGUGAAGAGUGUGGGAAGGGUUUCAGUCGCAAUUCAUACCUUCAAGGCCAUCAGAGAGUUCACACUGGAGAGAAACCAUACAAGUGUGAAGAGUGUGGGAAGGGCUUCAGUCGGAGUUCACACCUUCAAGGCCAUCAGAGAGUCCACACUGGAGAAAAACCAUUCAAAUGUGAGGAGUGUGGGAAGGGAUUCAGUUGGAGCUUUAAUCUUCAAAUUCAUCAGAGAGUCCACACUGGAGAGAAACCCUAUAAAUGUGGAGAAUGUGGUAAGGGCUUCAGUAAGGCCUCAACUCUUCUGGCCCAUCAGAGAGUCCACACAGGAGAGAAGCCAUACCAGUGUGAUGAGUGUGGUAAGAGCUUCAGUCAGAGGUCAUACCUUCAAAGCCAUCAGAGUGUCCACACUGGAGAGAGACCAUAUAUAUGUGAGGUAUGUGGGAAGGGCUUCAGUCAGAGAGCUUAUCUUCAAGGUCAUCAGAGAGUCCACACUAGAGUGAAACCAUACAAAUGUGAGAUGUGUGGGAAGGGCUUUAGUCAGAGUUCACGCCUUGAAGCACAUCGGAGGGUCCACACAGGAGGGAAACCAUACAAAUGUGAGGUAUGCACAAAGGGCUUCAGUGAGAGUUCACGCCUUCAAGCACAUCAGAGGGUCCACACAGAAGGGAGGCCCUAUAAAUGUGAACAGUGUGGUAAGGGUUUCAGUGGGUUUUCAAGUCUUCAAGCUCAUCACAGAGUCCACACUGGGGAAAAACCAUACAAAUGUGAGGUGUGUGGAAAGGGCUUCAGUCAGAGAUCAAACCUUCAGGCUCAUCAGAGAGUCCACACAGGAGAGAAACCAUACAAAUGUGAUGCAUGUGGUAAGGGUUUCCGUUGGAGCUCAGGUCUCCUUAUUCAUCAGAGAGUCCACAGUGGUGAUAAAUUCUAUAAAAGUGAAGAGUAUGGUAAGGAUUAUCCAUCAGAGAAUCCGUACAGAAAUGAAGUUCUAUAAAACAGUUCUGUUUGUUCUGAAACCCUCAACUAGGAACUGAAAUUUUCCAAUCGCUACAGCUAUUAUUAGUAGAAAAAAUUUCUUUAAUGAAAAUGUAAUGUUUCUACCCAACCUCGACAUUCACAAUAGUCCGACCACACAGCAGAGACAUCUAACCGGAGAGUUCCCAUAAAGGAAUUUUGUCACAACUUUAGCAGGCAUUGUGCGUGACUUUAACUAUCGUUGCACUAGGGCUUUUGAAAGAUAAGAGUAACAAAAGUACAAUGACGAGUGUGCCUAAACCCAUGUCCUAUCUAAUACAAGCUUAGUGAGGGAAGGGGCUUCAUUCAUUACUGAGUUUACAAAACCAUGACAUUGUGUAACUCAUUGUAGGUGCUCAGUACUUUUUGCCUAAUGACUAAAAAUGUAUAAAAGUAUCCUAUUUAAAAAUUUUAUUAAGUUCAUCCCCCCCCCCCCACACACACACAAAAAAAACAUUUAAAAAUGCUUGGAGGAGGAAUCCUGCAAGUAACCUUGAUAUAAGCACUUCAAAUGUGAAAACAUUCCUUGAAAUACUGGAUAUCAAGCAAUAUUGCAGUCUGAAAUUACGUGAACUUGGCUGUAACCCUGCAGGGAUUGGCUCCCAUCCUUUGUCCUGUCUUAAACAGGAGGAGCUGAAUUCUUACCACGUGGUCUCUUUCUAUACAGUAUAUCAUCAGUUUAAGUUUAGCACUAUGUGUGUGUGUGUGUGUGUGUGUGUGUGUGUGUGUGUACACAUGUAUGUGCACUUUAAAUGACAGUACAAACUGGAAAACAGUGUUUUUGGUUACACUGCAUUUUACAUAAUUGACUUUUUACUCCUGCCCUGUGUGUUAAGGUAGAGUUUUACUGUAAGAUUUGAAAAGUGUCAGAAAUGGUUACUAAUGAAAAAUACUUUUUUAAUAAAUGUCAAAAUUAUAAUA